AUGCCUGCCCCUGCCCCUGAGGAACCCACUACUGACGAUUCCACAACUGACUCGGAACGAACCGCUGCUCAGAAAUCUGAAGGCUCAUCAUGGCCUACUGCUACCCCUGAACAACCCCCGCGUCAUAUCCUGGACGAUGAACCUUUCUCACAUAGUUUCUUCGACAGUGACGAAGGCACUUCAAGAGCAAGGGCCCAAUGGUUCAAGAUCCUUAUGUUCGGUCUGGGAGUUGUUAUAUGUCUUGUAUGGACAGUGCUGCCAAUGUAUUGGGCUGCACUGGGACGUAUCGACAGUCAUGUCGGGUCCCUGACUGGGUGGGUGGUGGAUUUUGAUGGUGGGCAAAUAGGUCAAGCCGUCGUUCUGGCAUUUCAAAAUAUUAGUGGGAGUGACCAGAUGUCGUGGGUAACUGUUCCUGCCAAUCAAUUUCCCAACGGACCUCCGGAUUUAGUUUCAGCUAUCCUUGAUGAAAGGUGCUGGGCAGCUAUCUCUAUAAAUCCCUCAGCCUCCGCCAAUCUCAAUGCUGCAGUAGCCGCGAAGAAUGGUGCCUAUAAUGGGUCCCUGGCGGUCACAGCAUUCGCUAGCGAAGCACGCAAUGAAAAUGCAUAUCGCGAUGUGAUCAUCGAAAUGAUCAAUCCACCACUUCAACUUGCUUCACAGCAAUUUGCACUCCAAUACGCUGCAGGGCUGGGUAACAGAUCAGACAUAGCGGCUUUGCUGAUGUCUGCACCUAGUGUGGUGACACUGCCAUUCUAUUAUACUCUCAAUAACAUCCGACCAUUCGAUGUACCAGUUGCUGCUGCAGUCGAUUACGUUGGCCUGAUUUACUUGCUAAUUCUUGCAUUCAUAAUGACAAAUCAACUUUUAGCUGCCCGCGUUGAAUCGGGUCUUGCACGUCGCCUGAAACUGAGAUCACUGAUCUUGGUUCGAAUAUUCACUCCCAUCACCAUGUACUUUUUUGUUUCUUUGAUGUAUUCGCUUCUGAGCUUGGCUUUUGAAGUGCCAUUCAAUCGCAGGUUCGGGCGCGCUGGUUUCGUUAUCUACUGGAUGAUGUCGUGGUGUGCCAUGAUAGCCUUGGGUCUAGCUCUAGAAGCCUUAAUCUCGAACGUUGCUGUUGUAUUUUAUCCCAUAUCACUUCUUCCUGGUAUAUUCCGAUAUGGUUACGCCAUGCCAUUCUACAAUGUUUCGCGCACUGCCAGAACAAUCAUUUUCAGCACACAGAACCAAAUCGGCUUGAAUUUUGGUGUUCAGUUUGCUUGGAUCCUCGUCUCGUGCAUGACGCUACCGCUAUUUACUUGGUUUGUCCGCAGACAGGAACUUAGAGCAUGGCACAAAGGGAGGAUGCACGCCAAAGCGGUGGGGUGA